AUGGCGCCGGACAGCGAGCAAGAACAGCACCCACAACAGCCGGCGCAGGCGGAGCAACCACCAGAACCCUCGCGCAAUGGCAACGCCGACAGCAACCAGACGGGUGAAAGCGCCGAUGAACCCCCAAGCCCGACGCCCAUAAACGACACAACCCAAACCGCACCCGCGCGCACUUCCCUCUUCCCCUCCUACGACGACGACACCGCCUCGAUCCCCAGCGACGCCUCCCCAUCCACCGACGAAGGAGAAGGAGAAGGAGGAAAAGUAGUAUCACCCAGCGCCUCGAUCCCCCCAUACUGGUCCAGCGCGCGCGCCGCCGAACAACACCUCCAAAGCCACCCACUCGGACCGCACGGCCACGGCCCAGGCCACGCGCGCGGCGCCUCCAGCGCGUCGGCCGAAUCGGUGCUGCCGCCGGGGGCGAUCACGCUGCAGGAUAACGAGGGGGAUGACGACGAUGAUGAUAAUACGAAUAAUAGGAAUGGCAACGGCAACGGGAACGGGGAGCAUGCUGGGCGGCGGAGCAAUAGCAGCGAACUGUACGGGCGCGAACGCAACCGGGCGUGCUGGGCGCGCAGCGUGCAGGUGACGGACCAUGUGCUAGUAAACGGGAGCACGAUGAGUAUUGGGGCGUUUGUGGUGUGGAAUAUUCGGGUCGAGGCGUUGAAUGUAGGUGUCCCCCUCCCUUCCCCCCUCGCAUCGCCGAGGGAAGAAAAGCCGAGGGACGAGAGAUGGAGAACAAGCAGCAGAGCAGGAUCUGACAUUGCUCCCACACAGGGCUCCCGCAUGAACAUCCGCAAGCGCUACUCCGAGUUUGACGACCUCCGCCGGCGGCUAGUCCAGACCUUCCCCAGCUUCGAGGCGGCCGUGCCGGCGCUGCCGCCCAAGAGCGUGCUGAAGCGCUUUCACCCGCGCUUCCUCGAGAAGCGGCGGGCCGGGCUGCAGUAUUUCUUGAACUGUAUCCUGCUCAACCCGGAGUUCUCGGGGUCGCCCGUCCUGAAGGAGUUUCUCUUCUCAUGA